UCUGAUUCCUUUCCAGAAGUUGUCCGCAAACCCUCCAUCUGGGCUGAGCCAGGCCCCAUGGUCACCACGGGGAGCCCUGUGACCCUCUGGUGUCAGGCGUCUCUGCAGGCUACUGCCUACGUUCUAUAUAAAGAGAGGGGCUCUGAGCCCUGGGAUAUGAAGACCCCACAGAACUUCAGCAACAAGACCGGUUUCCUCAUUGAAUCCUCCAGCUCACAGCAUGCAGGGUCCUACGAGUGUGCGUAUUACACCACUGAGCGCAAACUCUCAGAGCGCAGUGACCCCCUGCUCCUGGUGGUGACAGGAGUGGACAGAGCACCAUACCUCUCAGCCCAGCCAAGCCCUGUGGUGGCCUCAGGAGGGAGCGUGUCCCUCGUGUGUAGCUCACAGGACACAUCGGGAACUUUCCAUCUGCUGAAGGAGGGAGGAGCUGACCCGCCCCGACACAUGGAACCGCAAUCGAGGUCCAAUGCUGGGAGCACCUAUGCCCAGGCCAUCUUCCCUGUGGGCCCCGUGAACUCCUCCCACGGGGGGACCUACAGAUGCUAUGGUUCCCCCAGAUCCUACCCCAACCUGUGGUCACACCCCAGUGACCCUCUGCGUCUCGAGGUCACAGGUGUGCACAGGGAGCCCUCCCUCUCGGCCCAGCCGGGCUCCCUGGUGCUGCCUGGAGACAGCCUGACCCUGCAGUGUGGCUCGGAGGCUGGCUUUGACAGAUUCUCUCUGACCAAGGUCCAGGGGCUCACACCCCCCCAGAGCCUUGAUGGGCAUCACAGCCCCGAAUUCAGCUCAGAGUCCUGUGUAUAAGAAAGUCGGGGACACUAAGACAUGAGUGUUGGAGGAGAUUCCACAGAAGAGGGUCCAGCCGCUGAGU